AUGCUGAUCCUCGUCCUGCUGUCCGCGGCCUUUCUCCUGCCCCCUGGUGCUGGGGCUGGUGAGAUCAUCGGGGGCUGGGAAGCCAAGCCCCACUCCAGACCCUACAUGGCCUAUUUACUAAGACAACUUGAAGGCAAGGCUUAUAUCUGUGGAGGGUUCCUCGUGAAGCCAAAUGUCGUGCUGACGGCCGCUCACUGCAAAGGAGACAGAAUCACUGUGAUCCUGGGAGCCCACAACAUCCGACAAUGGGAACCGAGCUGGCAAGUGAUCCAAGUACGACAGCAGAUCCGCCACACGCAAUACGAAAGCAAGACUUCAAAAAACGACAUCAUGCUGCUGCAGCUGAGUCGCAACGCGACACUGACCAAGGAGGUGGGAUUGAUCAACUUGACCACUGCGAAUGGCACAGCGAGCCCCAACAGCGUGUGCAGCGUGGCUGGCUGGGGUAUGACCAGCUUGACCAGAGGAACCCGCACCCUUCGGGAAGUCAACCUGACAGUGAUAGCCGAUGUCCAUUGUCAGAAGCGGUACCGUUACUACUAUCCCUCCAGCAUGCUGUGCGCAGGGCUGCCCGGCUCCCCGGGGUCCUUUUACGUGGGCGAUUCUGGGGGCCCUCUCGUGUGCGGUGGAGUAGCCGAGGGCAUCGUCUCCUUUGGUGUCAAUAACAGCACUGCCCCUCCUGUUGGGCUCACUCGGAUUUCCCACUUUGUGCCCUGGAUCAAAGCCAACCUGCCGUAA